UUUGCACAACCACUAUGGUGUAACAGGGGUUGUAUACUCAAAUGUAGAAAAUAGAAACUGAUACGCAACUAUCGAUCCCAUCACGCAAGUAUCGAUCGAUACUUUAGAUCGAUCCGCCCACCACUAGUACGUACUAUGUCUGCCGAGCGUCAGGUCACAAGUGAGCCGAUGGUUCUUUCUCGCUGCGGGAUAGUGAGUACAAUAAUCGUCUCCCGGUCUCACUCAUAGAGUCAUUUGUACUGCAACAAUGGACCCGAUGAAGAAGAAGAAAAAGGUUGAAAAGGACGGAGGUAAGAAGAAGAAGGAGAUGAUUACGGUGGAAGUUAAAAAGGAAAUUAUCCAGAAGCAUGAGCGAGGUAUGCGAGUGGCCGACAUCGCAAGAUUUUAUAACAAGUCUACGUCGACAAUUUGCACAAUAUUAAAGAAAAAAGAAGAAAUAAUGGGGCUAGAUGCAGCAAAAGGAGUCACGAGAGUAUCAAAGCAACGACCACGUGUUCUGGAAGAUGUAGAAAAGUUGCUUCUUGUCUGGAUAAACGAGAAGCAACUAGGAGGUGAUACUGUGUCCGAGAACAUUAUCUGCGAGAAGGCAAAGGCCUUGUACACUGACCUUGUAAGUAAACUGCCAGGUACGUCGACAGAAAAUGAAGAAGGCUUCAAGGCGAGCAGGGGAUGGUUUGAUAACUUUAAGAGGAGAAGUGGCAUCCAUAGUGUUGUGAGGCAUAGAGAGGCUGCGAGUUCAUACGCUAAGGCAGCUGAGGCGUUCACUGCUGAGUUCCAGAAGCUCAUGGUUUCCGAAGGUUACCUGCCGCAUCAAGUUUUUAAAUGUGAUGAGACAGGGCUUUUUUGGAAAAAGAUGCCAAAGAGGACGUACAUUACAGCAGAAGAGAAUGCAAUGCCCGGUCACAAGCCCAUGAAAGACCGUCUCACCCUUCUGUUGUGUGCUAAUGCCAGUGGGGAUUUGAAAAUCAAACCCCUGUUGGUGUAUCAUUCAGAGAAUCCACGAGCCUUCAAGAAAUGCAAGGUGCAGAAGAGCCAGUUAAAUGUUAUGUGGAGGUCCAAUAGCAAGGCUUGGGUCACUCGUAUCUUGUUUGUUGAGUGGAUCAACGAGGUCUUCGGUCCUACAGUGAAGAAAUACCUUUUAGAAAAGAAUCUGCCACUCAAAGUCUUGCUGGUAAUGGAUAAUGCUCCUGCUCAUCCUCCAGGCCUUGAGGAUGACUUACUGGAGGAAUUCGAGUUUAUUAAGGUCAAGUUCCUGCCUCCCAACACCACUCCACUACUCCAGCCCAUGGAUCAGCAGGUCACUUCCAACUUUAAAAAGCUUUAUACCAAAGCACUAUUUCAGCUAUGCUUUGAGGUGACCGAAGGAACAAACCUUACCCUCAGAGAGUUUUGGAAAAAUCAUUUCCACAUUGUGAACUGCCUCAAGCUCAUCGAUAAAGCCUGGAAUUGGGUCACCAAGAGAACCCUUAAUUCUGCUUGGAGAAAACUGUGGUCUGAUUGUGCUCUUGGACAUGACGUUGAGGGGUUUGCUCAGGAACAGCAGCCACCAGUUGUCGACGAAAUUAUGUCCUUGGGGAAGACCAUGGGACUCGAGGUGAAUGAGGACGACAUUCAAGAGCUGGUGGAGGAACAUGGCCAGGAGCUGACCACCAACGAACUGAUAGAUCUGCAUCGCGAGCAACAGCAAGAGGUUAUGGAGGAGAUCUCGUCUGAAGAGGAGGAUAAAAAGCCAGAGGAAUCCCUCACUUCAAAUGAGAUUAGGGACAUGUGUAAAAUGUGGGAAACAGUGCAAAAUUUUGUGGAAAAGCACCACCCAAAUAAGGCUGUAGCAGUGCGAGCGACCAAUCUGUUUAACGAUAAUGCAGUGUCACAUUUCUGCCAAAUCCUCAAAAGGAGGCAAAACCAAGUGUCACUGGAUAGGUUCCUUGUUACAGCUGCACUAAAAGAAGAAGAUAUCAGUGAGCCAACCCAUAGCAGAUAGCUCCUCUCUCUAGUCUCCCUCACGCCAGCCAUGAUUCUUUUCAAAGGUAAA